CACUCGGCCCUGAGCGAGGCGAGGACCCUGUUCGUGGAUGUGGAGGAGCGCGGGCCGGAGGCCAUGGACGUGAAGGAGAGGAAGCCAUACCGCUCGCUGACCCGGCGCCGCGACGCCGAGCGCCGCUACACCAGCUCGUCGGCCGACAGCGAAGAGGGAAAGGCCCCGCAGAAGUCCUACAGCUCCAGCGAGACCCUCAAGGCCUACGACCAGGACGCGCGCCUCGCCUACGGCAGCCGCGUCAAGGACCUGGUACCACAGGAGGCCGAGGAGUUCCGCCGCGCAGGCACCAACUUCACCCUGCGCGAGCUGGGGCUGGGGGAGGUGACACCCCCGCACGGGACGCUGUACCGCGCGGACAUCGGCCUGCCCCACUGCGGCUACUCCUUGGGCGCCGGCUCUGACGCCGAGCUGGAGGCGGACACCGCGCUGUCCCCCGAGCACCCCGUGCGGCUGUGGGGCCGCAGCACGCGGUCGGGACGCAGCUCCUGCCUGUCCAGCCGGGCCAACUCCAACCUCACGCUCACCGACACGGAGCACGAGAACACGGAGCCUGAUCACCCAAGCGGCCUGCAGAGCCAUUCUCGACUCCGGACACCGCCACCUCCGCUCUCGCACGCCCACACCCCCAACCAGCACCAUGCGGCCUCCAUUAGCUCCCUGAACCGGGGCAACUUCACUCCGAGGAGCAACCCCAGCCCGGCGCCCACAGACCACUCGCUGUCUGGAGAGCCCCCUGCCAGCGGCGCGCAGGAGCAGACCCACGCCCAGGACAACUGGCUGCUCAACAGUAACAUCCCACUGGAGACCAGAAACCUAGGCAAGCAGCCAUUCCUAGGGACAUUGCAGGACAGCCUGAUUGAGAUGGACAUUCUCAGCGCCUCCCGCCAUGAUGGGGCUUACAAUGACGGGCACUUCCUCUUCAAGCCGGGAGGCACCUCCCCGCUCUUCUGCAGCGCGGCGCCGGGCUACCCUCUGACGUCCAGCACGGUGUACUCGCCGCCGCCCCGGCCCCUGCCCCGCACCACCUUCUCCCGCCCGGCCUUCAACCUCAAGAAGCCCUCCAAGUACUGUAACUGGAAGUGCGCGGCCCUGAGCGCCAUUGCCAUCUCGGCCACGCUGGUCAUCCUGCUGGCGUACUUUGUGGCCAUGCACCUGUUUGGCCUAAACUGGCACCUGCAGCCGAUGGAGGGGCAGAUGUAUGAGAUCACGGAGGACACAGCCAGCAGUUGGCCUGUGCCAACGGACGUCUCCCUGUAUCCCUCAGGGGGCACUGGGUUAGAGAUCCCUGACAGGAAAGGCAAAGGAGCCACAGAAGGAAAGCCCAGUAGUUUCUUUCCAGAGGACAGUUUUAUAGACUCUGGAGAAAUCGACGUGGGGAGACGGGCUUCCCAGAAGAUUCCUCCUGGCACUUUCUGGAGAUCUCAGGUGUUCAUAGACCAUCCUGUGCAUCUGAAAUUCAAUGUGUCUCUGGGAAAGGCGGCUCUGGUUGGCAUUUAUGGCAGAAAAGGCCUUCCUCCUUCACACACACAGUUUGACUUUGUGGAGCUGCUGGAUGGAAGGAGGCUCCUGACCCAGGAGGCACGGAGCCUGGAGGGACCCCAGCGCCAGUCUCGGGGAGCCGUCCCCCCUUCUAGCCACGAGACCGGCUUCAUCCAGUAUUUGGAUUCAGGAAUCUGGCACCUGGCUUUCUAUAAUGACGGGAAGGAGUCUGAAGUGGUUUCCUUUCUCACUACUGCCAUCGAGUCGGUGGAUAACUGUCCCAGCAACUGCUACGGCAAUGGCGACUGCAUCUCUGGGACUUGCCACUGCUUCCUGGGCUUCCUGGGCCCUGACUGCGGCCGAGCCUCCUGCCCCGUGCUCUGCAGCGGGAACGGCCAGUACAUGAAGGGCCGGUGCCUGUGCCACAGCGGCUGGAAGGGCGCCGAGUGCGACGUGCCCACCAGCCAGUGCAUCGACGUGGCCUGCAGCCACCACGGCACCUGCAUCAUGGGCACCUGCAUCUGCAACCCCGGCUACAAGGGCGAGAACUGCGAGGAAGUGGACUGCAUGGACCCCACGUGUUUGGGCCGAGGUGUCUGCGUGAGAGGCGAGUGCCACUGCUCUGUGGGCUGGGGAGGCACCAACUGCGAGACGCCCAGGGCCACCUGCCUGGACCAGUGUUCGGGCCACGGAACCUUCCUCCCAGACACCGGGCUUUGCAGCUGUGACCCGAGCUGGACUGGACACGACUGUUCUAUCGAGAUCUGCGCUGCUGACUGCGGGGGCCACGGCGUCUGCGCGGGGGGCACGUGCCGCUGCGAGGACGGCUGGAUGGGGGCGGCCUGCGACCAGCGCGCCUGCCACCCGCGCUGCGCGGAGCACGGAACCUGCCGCGACGGCAAGUGCGAGUGCAGCCCGGGCUGGAACGGCGAGCACUGCACCAUCGCGCACUAUCUGGAUAGGGUAGUUAAAGAGGGUUGCCCUGGCCUGUGCAAUGGCAACGGCAGAUGUACCUUGGACCUGAACGGGUGGCAUUGCGUCUGCCAGCUGGGCUGGAGAGGAGCUGGCUGUGACACGUCCAUGGAAACCGCCUGUGGCGACAGCAAAGACAAUGAUGGAGACGGCUUGGUGGACUGCAUGGACCCCGACUGCUGCCUCCAGCCCCUCUGUCACGUCAACCCGCUGUGCCUGGGCUCCCCCGACCCUCUGGACAUCAUCCAGGAGACACAGGCCCCCGUGUCCCAGCAGAACUUGCAUUCCUUCUACGACCGAAUCAAGUUCCUCGUGGGCAGGGACAGCACGCACGUCAUCCCCGGGGAGAACCCCUUUGACGGAGGGCAUGCAUGUGUCAUUCGUGGUCAAGUCAUGACAUCGGAUGGGACCCCACUGGUUGGUGUGAAUAUCAGUUUUGUCAAUAACCCUCUCUUUGGAUACACGAUCAGCAGGCAGGAUGGCAGCUUUGACCUGGUCACCAACGGCGGCGUCUCCAUCAUCCUGCGGUUCGAGCGGGCCCCCUUCAUCGCACAGGAGCACACCCUCUGGCUGCCUUGGGAUCGCUUCUUCGUCAUGGAAACCAUCGUCAUGCGGCACGAGGAGAAUGAGAUCCCCAGCUGUGACCUGAGCAGCUUCGCCCGCCCCAACCCUGUCGUGUCUCCUUCCCCGCUGACGUCCUUCGCCAGCUCCUGUGCAGAGAAGGGCCCCAUUGUCCCGGAAAUCCAGGCUUUGCAGGAGGAAAUCGCCAUCUCUGGCUGCAAGAUGAGGCUGAGCUACCUGAGCAGCCGGACCCCCGGCUACAAAUCUGUCCUGAGGAUCAGCCUCACCCACCCCACCAUCCCCUUCAACCUCAUGAAGGUCCACCUUAUGGUGGCGGUUGAGGGCCGCCUCUUUAGGAAGUGGUUUGCCGCCGCCCCAGACCUGUCCUAUUACUUCAUCUGGGACAAGACGGACGUCUACAACCAGAAGGUGUUCGGGCUCUCAGAAGCCUUCGUUUCCGUGGGUUAUGAGUAUGAAUCCUGCCCAGAUCUGAUCCUGUGGGAGAAAAGAACAGCAGUGCUGCAGGGCUAUGAAAUCGAUGCUUCCAAGCUGGGAGGAUGGAGCCUGGACAAGCACCAUGCCCUCAACAUCCAAAGCGGCAUCCUGCACAAGGGAAAUGGGGAGAACCAGUUUGUGUCUCAGCAGCCGCCUGUCAUCGGGAGCAUCAUGGGCAAUGGGCGCCGCAGGAGCAUUUCCUGUCCCAGCUGCAACGGCCUCGCCGACGGCAACAAGCUCCUGGCCCCCGUGGCCCUCACGUGCGGCGCCGACGGCAGCCUCUACGUGGGAGAUUUCAACUACAUCCGAAGGAUCUUCCCCUCCGGGAACGUCACCAACAUCCUGGAGCUGAGAAAUAAAGAUUUCAGACAUAGUCACAGCCCAGCACACAAAUACUACCUGGCCACAGACCCCAUGAGUGGGGCCGUCUUCCUCUCGGACACCACCAGCCGGCGGGUCUUCAAGAUCAAGUCCACGGUGGUGGUGAAGGACCUCGUCAAGAACUCUGAGGUGGUGGCAGGGACAGGUGACCAGUGCCUCCCCUUCGAUGAUACUCGCUGUGGGGAUGGUGGAAAAGCCACGGAAGCCACACUUACCAAUCCCAGGGGCAUCACAGUGGACAAGUCGGGGCUGAUUUAUUUCGUGGACGGCACCAUGAUCAGACGCGUUGAUCAGAACGGGGUCAUCUCCACCCUGCUGGGCUCCAACGAUCUCAGCUCGGCCCGGCCCCUGAGCUGUGACUCUGUGAUGGAUAUCUCUCAGGUUCGCCUGGAGUGGCCCACAGACUUAGCCGUCAACCCGAUGGACAACUCCCUCUAUGUCCUGGACAACAACGUGGUCUUGCAGAUCUCUGAAAAUCACCAGGUGCGCAUCGUUGCCGGGAGGCCCAUGCACUGCCAGGUGCCCGGCAUCGACCACUUCCUGCUGAGCAAGGUGGCCGUGCACGCGACCCUGGAAUCGGCCACUGCCUUGGCCGUCUCUCACAAUGGGGUCCUAUAUAUUGCUGAGACCGACGAGAAGAAGAUCAACCGCAUCAGGCAGGUCACCACCAGCGGAGAGAUCUCACUGGUUGCUGGGGCCCCCAGUGGCUGUGACUGUAAAAAUGAUGUCAACUGUGACUGUUUCUCUGGAGAUGAUGGUUACGCCAAAGAUGCGAAGCUGAAUAUCCCAUCUUCCUUGGCUGUGUGUGCUGACGGGGAGCUUUAUGUGGCCGACCUUGGGAAUAUCCGAAUCCGGUUUAUCAGGAAGAACAAGCCUUUCCUCAACACCCAGAACAUGUAUGAGCUGUCCUCCCCGAUCGACCAGGAGCUCUACCUGUUUGAUACCAGUGGCAAGCAUCUGUACACCCAAAGCCUACCCACGGGAGAUUACCUGUACAACUUCACCUACACCGGGGAUGGUGACGUCACGCUCAUCACAGACAACAACGGCAACAUGGUCAACGUCCGCAGAGACUCCACAGGGAUGCCCCUCUGGCUGGUGGUCCCGGAUGGCCAGGUGUACUGGGUGACCAUGGGCACCAACAGUGCACUCAAGAGUGUGACCACACAAGGGCACGAGUUGGCCAUGAUGACAUACCACGGCAACUCUGGCCUGCUAGCCACCAAGAGCAAUGAAAACGGGUGGACAACGUUUUAUGAGUACGACAGCUUUGGCCGCCUGACAAAUGUGACCUUCCCAACCGGCCAGGUGAGCAGUUUCCGAAGUGAUACAGACAGCUCAGUGCACGUCCAGGUAGAGACAUCCAGCAAGGACGAUGUCACCAUAACCACCAACCUGUCUGCCUCUGGUGCCUUCUAUACACUGCUGCAAGACCAGGUUCGGAACAGCUACUUCAUCGGAGCCGACGGCUCCCUGCGGCUGCUGCUGGCCAACGGCAUGGAGGUGGCCCUGCAGACAGAGCCCCACCUGCUGGCCGGGACCGUCAACCCCACCGUGGGCAAGAGGAACGUCACACUGCCCAUCGACAACGGCCUCAACCUGGUGGAGUGGCGGCAGCGCAAGGAGCAGGCUCGCGGCCAGGUCACCGUCUUCGGGCGCCGGCUUCGGGUUCACAACCGGAACCUCCUGUCUCUGGACUUCGACCGCGUGACGCGCACGGAGAAGGUCUAUGACGACCACCGCAAGUUCACCCUCCGCAUCCUGUACGACCAGACGGGGCGGCCCAGCCUCUGGUCACCCAGCAGCAGGCUGAACGGCGUCAAUGUGACCUACUCCCCGGGGGGACACAUCGCCGGCAUCCAGAGGGGCAUCAUGUCUGAGAGGAUGGAAUACGACCAGGCGGGCCGUAUCACAUCCAGGAUCUUCGCUGAUGGGAAGACAUGGAGCUACACCUACUUAGAGAAGUCUAUGGUGCUGCUGCUCCACAGCCAGAGGCAAUACAUCUUUGAGUUCGACAAGAACGACCGCCUCUCUUCUGUGACCAUGCCCAACGUGGCUCGGCAGACGCUGGAGACCAUCCGCUCAGUGGGUUACUACAGGAACAUCUACCAGCCCCCCGAAGGCAAUGCUUCAGUCAUCCAGGACUUCACUGAGGACGGGCACCUCCUCCACACCUUCUACCUGGGCACCGGCCGCAGGGUGAUAUACAAGUACGGCAAGCUGUCCAAGCUGGCCGAGCUGCUGUACGACACCACCAAGGUGAGCUUCACCUACGAUGAGACUGCUGGCAUGCUAAAGACCAUCAACCUACAGAACGAGGGCUUCACCUGCACCAUCCGCUACCGUCAGAUCGGGCCCCUGAUCGACCGCCAGAUCUUCCGCUUCACCGAGGAAGGCAUGGUCAACGCCCGCUUUGACUACAACUAUGACAACAGUUUCCGGGUGACCAGCAUGCAGGCUGUGAUCAACGAGACCCCGCUGCCCAUUGACCUGUAUCGCUAUGACGACGUGUCGGGCAAGACGGAGCAGUUCGGGAAGUUUGGUGUCAUCUACUAUGACAUUAACCAGAUCAUCACCACGACGGUCAUGACCCACACCAAGCACUUUGACGCCUAUGGCCGGAUGAAGGAAGUGCAGUAUGAGAUCUUCCGCUCACUCAUGUAUUGGAUGACCGUCCAAUAUGAUAACAUGGGGCGAGUAGUGAAGAAGGAGCUGAAGGUGGGACCCUACGCCAACACCACCCGCUACUCCUAUGAGUACGACGCCGAUGGCCAGCUGCAGACGGUCUCCAUCAAUGACAAGCCACUCUGGCGAUACAGCUAUGACCUCAAUGGGAACCUGCACUUACUGAGCCCUGGAAAUAGUGCGCGGCUUACCCCACUACGGUACGACCUCCGUGACCGCAUCACCAGGCUGGGCGACGUGCAGUACAAGAUGGACGAGGACGGUUUCUUGAGGCAGCGGGGCAGCGAUGUCUUUGAGUACAACUCAGCCGGCCUGCUCAUCAAGGCCUACAACCGGGGUGGUGGCUGGAGCGUCAGGUACCGCUACGAUGGCCUGGGACGACGGGUGUCCAGCAAGAGCAGCCAGAGCCACCACCUGCAGUUUUUCUAUGCAGACCUGACCAACCCUACCAAGGUCACCCACCUCUACAACCACUCUAGCUCUGAGAUCACAUCCCUCUACUACGACCUGCAAGGGCACCUCUUCGCCAUGGAGUUGAGCAGCGGAGAUGAGUUUUAUAUAGCUUGCGACAACAUCGGGACCCCUCUUGCUGUCUUCAGUGGAACGGGCUUAAUGAUCAAGCAGAUCCUGUACACGGCCUAUGGGGAGAUCUACAUGGACACCAACCCCAACUUCCAGAUCAUCAUUGGCUACCACGGUGGCCUCUACGAUCCACUCACCAAGCUCGUCCACAUGGGCCGGCGGGAUUACGACGUGCUGGCUGGUCGCUGGACUAGCCCAGACCACGAGUUGUGGAAGCACCUUAGUAGCAGCAACAUCAUGCCCUUUAAUCUCUACAUGUUUAAAAACAACAACCCCAUCAGCAACUCUCAGGACAUCAAGUGCUUCAUGACAGAUGUCAACAGCUGGCUCCUCACCUUUGGAUUCCAGCUUCACAACGUGAUCCCCGGCUAUCCCAAGCCAGACAUGGAUGCUAUGGAACCAUCCUACGAGCUCGUCCACACACAGAUGAAAACUCAGGAGUGGGACAACAGCAAGUCUAUCCUCGGGGUGCAAUGUGAAGUGCAGAAGCAGCUCAAGGCCUUCGUCACCCUGGAACGUUUUGACCAGCUCUAUGGCUCCACAAUCACCAGCUGCCAGCAGGCCCCAGAGACAAAGAAGUUUGCAUCCAGCGGCUCCGUGUUCGGCAAGGGGGUCAAGUUCGCCUUGAAGGAUGGGCGCGUGGCCACAGACAUCAUCAGUGUGGCCAACGAGGAUGGGCGGCGGGUGGCUGCCGUCUUGAACAACGCCCACUACCUGGAGAACCUGCACUUCACCGUCGACGGGGUGGACACCCACUACUUCGUGAAACCAGGGCCUUCGGAAGGCGACCUGGCCAUCCUGGGCCUCAGCGGCGGGCGGCGAACCCUGGAGAACGGGGUCAACGUCACCGUCUCCCAGAUCAACACGAUGCUUAACGGCAGGACUAGACGCUACACAGACAUCCAGCUCCAGCAUGGGGCGCUGUGCUUGAACACGCGCUACGGGACCACUCUGGACGAGGAGAAGGCGCGGGUGCUGGAGCUGGCCCGGCAGAGAGCCGUGCGCCAGGCCUGGGCCCGCGAGCAGCAGCGACUUCGGGACGGGGAGGAGGGCCUGCGGGCCUGGACCGAGGGCGAGAAGCAGCAGGUGCUGAACACGGGACGGGUUCAAGGCUACGAUGGCUUCUUUGUGAUCUCAGUCGAGCAGUACCCGGAACUGUCAGACAGCGCCAACAACAUCCACUUCAUGAGACAGAGUGAGAUGGGCCGGAGGUGA